UCUUCCCUUUUCCCCUUCUACCCUCUCUCACUUGUAAAUUUUUUGAGAUAUUAAUAAUUUUGUCCUUCCGGUUUAAAUUUUGAGAAAUUUUGUCACUAUGUCUACUAUUUCUCCGGUUCUUUCAUCUGAACCGAUUCUUUCCAAUCAAUUACCGGCUUGGGAAACUGGAUUCACUUCAUGGGGCGAAGAAUCCGAUCUUUUCUCCAUCUUCAAUUCACCGGUUAGUCCCAUGGAAAUAAAUCCCGGUUUAGAUAAAACAAACCCAAGUCAAAUUCAGAACCAACGCUAUUCCAGUCCGGGUUUGAAAGAUAAACAACCCUUGCACCAUACUAGCUCCAACGGUGUCUCUUCGGAUAAAGACGAGCGGCGAAAGAAACGAAAAUUAUCAAACCGAAAAUCAGCGCAACGGUCGAGGAUCAAGAAACAAAAACACUUAGAAGAUGUGAGAAGCAAACUUAACCAGCUCAAAUUCGAAAACCGAGAACUGGAUAACCGGCGCCGGUACGUUUUGUACCAUUGCGAACGUAUAAAGAUGGAAAACGAUCGUCUACGGUUAGAACACCAUGCUCUCCACGAGAAGCUCUUGAACUUACGACAAGCUUUGGUCAUGCGUCAAAUCCAACAGAACUCAACGUGCGCUACGUGGUCGUGUGUUAAUAGUACCAUUGUAACGGUCAACCGAAAUCCUUCGAUGAUGAGAGACCAUGUAAUCUAAGAUUUGCAAAACACAACUAGUAUGCAUCAUCUUUUUACACCUAAACGAAACAUUUAUAUGAUGAUGAGUCUUCUCCGUUUCUUUUGUAAAUAAAUGUCUAGUAUAAAUAUCAUAUAUUCAUAUGGUGUAGUUUUAUGAGGGAAAUCAUUAUAUGUUAUACAAAUCUUUCUCUUUUUUUUA